AUGCCUGACCAGGCACUGGCUUCCUUUGGACCGCUCCUUGUGGCGGACCUUGAGGAGGAUUUUGCGGUGGACCAUCAAGGCUGGGUCGGUAUUCCUGCUGCAUACCAGACGGUCCAGGAGGACUUGGUCGCCUGCUCGUGCCACUUGGGGAUUGAGAUCGCUGCCCACCCGGCGACUGAGGUCGCUGCCCUGCUGGUGACUGAGGUCGCUGCCCUGCUGGUGACUGAGGUCGUUGCCCUGCUGGUGACUGGGGGCGGGGUCCUGGUCCCAUCUGCGGUCCCAUGGGACGAGGAGGACCUGGACGGCCGGGAGGGCCCAUCGGAGGGCCCAUCGGCCGCAUAG